UUGGUUCAGUCGUCAACCGGAGCUUGCGAGCAGCACUUGGGGCCAAGUGAAAACGCGCGAGUAACCGCUAAAAUAUAUAAGAAAAACGGAAAAGGCCAGGCCACAGCACACUCUUGAGAGACCAACAAAAAUUAAAAAAAAACAAGCGAAAAGACAUAAGAAAAAGAGCCACGAAAAUUGCAACACAAAAAGCGCGCGUGCGCAACCAAACAAAAAAAGAGCUAGAAGAGGGAAAAAUAGAAGAAAAAUCACUCGCUGAAUACGCAACAAACAUAAGCGAAAACUCUCAAGAUGGCGGCCGUGGAAGUGAGGAAUGGCUAUAAGUACUAUGGCUCCAAAUCGAACCCCAAGAUUGUGCUCAAUCAACUGAAUAUGAACGUGAUGCGAGGCUCCAUCUAUGGGUUGCUAGGCGCCUCGGGCUGUGGCAAGACCACGCUGCUCUCCUGCCUGGUUGGCCAGCGGCGUCUCAAUGGCGGCGAGGUCAAUGUUUUGGGCGUUAAGCCAGGAGAACCUGGCAGCGGUGUACCCGGCUCUCGAGUGGGCUUUAUGCCCCAAGAAAUUGCCUUGGUGGAGGAGAUGACCGUCAAAGAGACCAUCUUUUAUUUUGGUCGCAUUUACGGCCUGACGGAUGAACGGAUUAGGGAGAAAUUCAAGCUUCUGAAGGAAUUGCUUCAGCUUCCGCCAGCACGACAAAUGAUCAAACAAUGCAGUGGAGGACAACAAAGACGUUUGUCCUUUGCCUGUGCCAUGAUACACGAUCCCGAGCUGCUAAUUUUAGACGAGCCCACAGUGGGUUUGGAUCCCAUGUUGCGUGAGAAAAUCUGGGAUUUUCUUGUGGAGACAACCAGAAAUAGCAAAUUGGCUGUGAUUAUAACCACCCAUUACAUUGAAGAGGCCAAGCAGGCAAAUUGUAUUGGUCUAAUGCGUAAUGGCGUUCUCUUGGCGGAGGAUACGCCCACAAAUAUCAUGAUUAAAUUUGGCACACAAUCGAUCGAAGACGCCUUUCUCAUACUGAGCCAGCGGCAGGGCAAUGAGGAUGAAUUGGCUCAAAUAAUGGAUCGCAAUAAGAAUCAGCAGCAGGCACUGCCCACGGCUGUGCUACCCACAGAAGUGAUCGAUACACAUGACCCUGGCCUGAGCCUGGAAAAGCCACCCAUACCCCACGACGAGCCUGUGAAUGAGAAUCGAAAGAAGGUAUUUUUUACGACCAAAGGCAGGCUCAAGGCAUUGAUGACCAAGAAUUUUGUGCAGCUCUUUCGACAGCCAUCCGGCAUCAUUUUUAUGCUUUUGUUUCCCAUCAUCCAAUUGUCUUGCUUUUAUUUGGCCAUCGGCAAAACCCCAAAAAAUCUCGAGUUGGGCGUAUACUCGGGUGAAGUCCAGAGCUACAGCGAGUGCUUUGAUGAUAAUCUGAUCACCGUUUACGGUGCGAAUGACACCUGCAAAUUCCACAAACUCUCCUGUCGCUACAUACGAGAACUAGGCGAUGAUGUGGCUACGCGGAAGUAUUAUACCAGCGAGGCGGAUGCCCUGAGGGAUGCCAAAAAGACACUGACUGUGGGCUACAUUCACUUUUUCCACAACUUUAGUGAAUCGAUAUCAUCGGUGCUCGAAGAUGGACGCUACGCCAGCGAUGGUGCUGUGGAUCAUGCCGAAUUGAGUGUGCACAUCGAUAUGACGGAUCAACAAGUGGCAUACUUCAUUCAGCGCAAACUUCGUGAUAAAUUUGCUUCUUUUAUGGGCAGUGUGGUCAAGGAUUGUAAUGUUUCUGCCGCCCUGGCGCAAUUACCCGUUCAAUUCCAGGAACCCAUCUAUGGCAGUGCGGAUAUUGAAUUCCAGCAGUAUUGUGCCCCCGGUGUUGUCAUGACCAUGGUCUUCUUUUUGGCCACUUUGAUGACGGCUGCCGUUUUCAUUUCUGAGCGCAUGGAUGGCAUUUGGGAUCGUACUUUGUUGGCUGGAGUUUCGGCCACGGAAAUGCUGUGGGCUCAUCUUUUGACCCAAUUGAUCAUCAUGGCCCUUCAGUCGUUUGAGGUUAUCAUGUAUAUUGGCAUUGUUUUCGAUACAUACAACAAUGGGGAUACAACGACACUGAUUGGGUUACUCACACUAACGGCAUUCUGUGGCAUGUUGUUUGGCCUCUUUAUAUCUGUAUUUUGUAAAUCACAUACGGAGGCCAAUUUUGUGGCCACUGGCGCCUUUUAUCCCAUGAUUAUACUUUGCGGUCUCUUGUGGCCUCUGGAGAGCAUGCCACAGUUUUUGCAGGAUCUUGUCAUGGUAUUACCCUUUACCAUACCCUCCAUUUCCGCACGAAAUGUCAUCGAAAAGGGCUGGUCCAUCACCAAUGCCAAGGUCUAUAAUGGUUUCCUUGUGAUGGCCGGCUGGACGAUCAUUUUCUUCGUUCUCUGCCUCAUUGGCAUCAGGCGCAAGGCGUAGAGUGUGGAUCGUUUCGUUUUUGGGUUUUUAAAUCACACAAUUUAUUCAGGGGGCCUACACUUUAGAUCGUAUUGUAUUAGCAUUUCUUUAUAGGCGAUAUUACACACACACAACACACAUAAACACACCCACACACACAUACAUACAUAUAUCGUAUCGUUGUAGUAUCUAUGUAAUUUAAUAAUUAUCGGAAGCAUAUCACUCGCAUGUUGUAGACCUCUCAUCAAACAAAAAAAAACAAACA